AUGCCUACCCCAACCAGCAACGAUCCAUUUGGAAUUGCUCACCUUCAAGUUCGGCCAUCUGGACUUCGGACCACCGGUUCACAUAAACGACCUCGCCCAGCCACCGAUGACGAAGAAACAGAGCGACAAUAUUCUCCGCCAAGUUUGUCAUCUACUUCAGCAAAUCGAAAUGUUAUUCAGGCUGCAAAACAAUUUGCUGCAAAUAAGAAGCUCCGCCGAGAACAGAUAGUUGAAGUCGAGGCGUUCCUCAAUGAUACUGCCCUCGGACGUGAAGCUCGCUCUUAUAUCAUCCAGCUGGACCUCAAGAAUCAGAUUGAAAAGAUUGUCACACAGCAGGCUGCUUGGGUCCCUUCAGAGUCGCUUCAGAAAAAUAUCAACCAUGACGUCGGGACAGCCUGUCUAUCGCCAAACCUUUCCGCGUACAUGGGAUCCGCAACAUCAUUAAUAAUCGAGCGGCUCAUAUCUAUCGGCCUCGACAUUCCCAACACUAUACAUCAGAAUGCAGCAGCUUACUCCGCCCUAAAAGAUGUCAUCAGCAACGCAUUCACUCAGCGACGUUCAACCAUGAAAAAAGCGAUUCGCUCUAGUAUAAUGAGGUGCAACGGUGAUGACAGUAAGGUCUGGGCUGAGAUGGUGCCAUCUGAAUGCCAGACAGUUAUCGAAUUGGCACAUGCCCUCAUCAAGGGGACUUCCUGCAUGGUUAUGCCAGAGCUUUGUGGCCGUGUAGCGAUUUUGCGACACUGCUAUGCAAUAAAGAAAGGCAAGAGCUAUUGGGAGAACGUCGACGGCACUCUCGAAAAACUCCGAAACAUCGCAAAACAUGACAAGGAAGCCAUCAACGACUUAGUGAAACAGAUGCUUCAACAGGAUCGCGAGAAAUAUGGGAUCAACAAUUACGAGAUCGACAACAUGGUUCAACCUUCGGAUAUGCAACAUGAGAUUGACGAGCUGAUUGGAGCUCGAAACAUCUCUGCAGCUACUGAAAACGACGACGAAACCAGAGAGGGAGAGGAUCACGGACUCGGAGAUGACGAUGAAGAAGUGCAGUCAGGCCCUUCAAGUCAUUCAACUCCAUUAGGUUUGGCGGGCUAG